AUGGAAUUGAAGAAAGCAAAAGAAGCUGUUGAAAGAUACAAGCAGAUCGUAGCGAGUCAAAAGAAGACUAUACACAUUCUGAGAGAGAAAAAUGCUUCGAUGAUGCUGCAAUGUGCGGAUUUCACAAAGCUAAAGAUGUUUGAACAGCUUGGACAUUCUCGAUCGUCACUAAUGGUUGAUGCAUCGUUGUUUUCAUCGUUCUUCCAUAAUGGCGAUCCGUUGUUACAAGAACAAACGCCCACAAUUUUGACAAGUGAGGUAAUCUCCGGCCUGGCUUCCAAUGUCAUAUUUUCUGGUCAUUUCGCAGAAGUGACCCGUGCUGUGUUUGACGAAGGAGAUUCUGUAAUUUUAAAAAGUUACUUAGCACUUGGUAAAGAGGAAACAUCUCUGCGCAACCUAGCUUAUGUUAGCCACGAAGCACGACUGCUACAGUUUGUUGGGAAUCAUCCCAAUAUUGUACAGGUCUUUGGUAUUGUACACGCCAAAGGAAAAUUUCAUUCUGUGCUUAGCUAUGAAGGGGAUAGCAGCAUAAAAAUUUUGCUGAAGCGGAAGGUAAUAUUUCCCACAGAAGACAUAAUAAAACAAAUUAUUAUUGGGCUAGCUAAAGCACUCUCUUUUUUAUUUGAUAAAGGAGUGUUACACAACAACAUAAUUCCUGAAAAUGUCAUGGUAAAAGGUAGUGACUUCACUCCGGUCAUUAUCGGGUUUUCAUUCGCAUGUCGAGCGUCUUGUGCGAAAUCUAACGUUAAAGACGUUUUAAAAAAAUUAACCGACCAUCAUCACGUGGCACCAGAAUUGUAUAGGGGAAGCGGCGUGUCAUACAUGACCGAUAUUUACGCGUUUGGAUUUACUAUUGCGACAAUUAUGGAAUUAAAACCUCUGAAUUUCAAAGAUGCGCUACUUGAAGCUCGCAUUGAACGUUUCGUUUUUAAAUGCAUGGAUAAUCAUUGUGUAAGUCACGUGAAUGGAUUUUCAGGGGAGUUCAUUGCACGGUCAGCAUCUUGCGAAAGGUUUCGAUUUCAAUAG